GCUGUAUCUACUUAGUUACCCAAUUCUAGCAUAUAUUAAUGUAAUAUUCGAACGCUGUUGUAAUUACUGUGAAAUCAGAUUUAGCAAGAUCAAUCAACUGCAGGAUAUUGCGACGUCGGGAAUGCCAGCGAAAUAAUAAAAAGACAUGACGCAAGUGCCGGUUGUGUAUUUGACCAGGAAAGAAACAAUAUCUGCUUGCCAUCGCCUUCAUAGCCCACACUUGACCGACGAGCAGAACGCAGCAAUUUACGGAAAGUGUAACAAUUUUUGGGGGCACGGACACAAUUACACCGUGGAGGUCACAGUGCGAGGUCCUGUGGAUGAAAAAACUGGAAUGGUAAUGAAUAUUUCCGAUUUGAAAAUUUAUAUGAAAAAUGUGUUGAUGGAUAAAUUAGAUCAUAAAAAUUUGGAUAAAGAUGUGCCGUAUUUCAAGCACGUUGUUUCAACAACAGAGAAUGUAGCUAUUUUUGUCUUCGAUGAAUUGAAGAAAGAAAUGCCCAAACCUGAUUUAUUGUAUGAGGUAAAAAUAUAUGAAACUGAUAAAAAUAUUGUAAUUUAUAGAGGCGAAUAAUUAUUGGAGCCAAUCGAUAAGAGUUCGUUUUAUAAAGGGGCGCAUAUGCCUAUGUGCAUAUGAAAUAAUAUAUUUUCGAGAACAUUACAGUAAUCACAGAUCAACAAUUUAAGUACGUUAUUACUUAAUCAAUGAUAUUAAGAAAUUUUUCCUAUUAUCUUGCGCAAAGUUCGAUUUUGCAUUUGCGUUCGCAAAGUACCACCUUUCCCACACGUUGACAAAAGCGUGCGGGAAUGCAACUGAGCGAACGGGGAUGUAGCUGAGCGUGCGGGAAUGUAUAAGAGUAUACGAGCGAUUCCAAGGUAUAUACGCGCGCGCCAUCUCUGCGGCACUCUCUUAGCAUUAACACGUGCGAGCGAUACUUUGACGUUCGUUAAAAUAUACCGUUUCGUUUUGUAAAUUGUCACGUUACGAUAAAUAUUAAUAAUAAUUGAAAAUAAUAAAUAAAUCAGAUUUUUAUUAAUUUAAUAAAUUUAUAAUAGUUCUAUAAUUUGUUUUUUGUUUUGGGCGGGGGGUUCGCCC